GGGCCUGGGCCUGGGCCGGGUCCGGGUCUGGGUCCGGGUCCAGGCCCAGUGCAAGGCCCGGGCCUGGCAGGCGGGAAGGGCCGCGAGUUCAACCGCAACCAGCGCAAGGACUCGGAGGGCUAUUCUGAAUCCCCAGACUUGGAGUUUGAAUAUGCAGAUACCGAUAAAUGGGCUGCGGAGUUAUCUGAACUGUACAGCUACACGGAAGGCCCAGAAUUCCAGCUGAACCGAAAGUGCUUUGAGGAAGACUUUAGGGUCCACGUGCAUGAUAAGAAAUGGACCGAGCUGGACAACAAUCAGCACCGGACUCAUGCCAUGCGGCUCCUCGAUGGGCUGGAGGUCACUGCCAGGGAGAAAAGGCUCAAGGUAGCCCGGGCCAUCCUCUAUGUUGCACAAGGCACCUUUGGAGAGUGUGGCUCUGAAGCAGAGGUUCAGGCCUGGAUGCGAUACAAUGUUUUCUUGCUGCUGGAAGUUGGUACCUUCAAUGCUCUGGUGGAGCUUCUGAACAUGGAAAUUGACAACAGCGCAGCAUGCAGCAGUGCAGUGAGGAAGCCUGCCAUCUCCCUGGCUGAUAGCACAGACUUGAGGGUGCUACUGAAUAUCAUGUACCUGAUCGUGGAGACUGUCCGGCAGGAGUGCGAGGGAGACAAGGUGGAGUGGAAAACGAUGAGGCAGACCUUCCGUGCAGAGCUAGGUGCCCCGCUGUAUAACAAUGAGCCAUUUUCCGUCAUGCUUUUUGGCAUGGUGACCAAAUUCUGCAGUGGUCACGCCCCUCACUUCCCUAUGAAGAAGGUCUUGCUGCUGCUCUGGAAGACUGUACUGUGCACUCUAGGAGGCUUCGAGGAGCUACAAAGCAUGAAGGCAGAGAAACGGGAGAUGCUGGGCCUCCCGCCACUUCCAGAGGACAGCAUCAAAGUGAUCCGCAACAUGAGGGCUGCAUCCCCACCAGCAUCAGCCUCUGACCUCAUUGAACAGCAGCAGAAGCGAGGGCGGAGGGAGCAUAAGGCCCUGAUUAAGCAGGACAACCUAGAUGCCUUCAAUGAGCGGGACCCUUAUAAAGCUGAUGACUCCCGUGAGGAAGAAGAGGAAAAUGAUGAUGAUAACAGCCUUGAGGGCGAGACCUUCCCCCUUGAACGAGACGAAGUUAUGCCUCCACCCAUCCAGCACCCUCCGACUGACCGUAUCACUUGCCCAAAGGGGCUGCCCUGGGCCCCCAAGGUCAGAGAGAAGGACAUUGAGAUGUUUCUGGAAUCCAGUCGCAGCAAAUUCAUUGGUUACACCCUGGGGAGUGACACAAACACCGUUGUAGGAUUGCCUAGGCCCAUCCAUGAGAGCAUUCGGACCCUGAAACAGCACAAGUACACAUCGAUUGCAGAAGUCCAGGUUCAGAUGGAGGAGGAGUAUCUUCGCUCCCCACUCUCUGGGGGGGAAGAGGAAGUGGAGCAAGUCCCGGCAGAAAUCCUGUACCAGGGGCUCCUCCCCAGCCUGCCCCAGUACAUGAUUGCUCUGCUCAAGAUCCUGCUGGCUGCAGCCCCCACCUCCAAGGCCAAGACAGAUUCCAUCAACAUUCUGGCAGAUGUCCUGCCUGAGGAGAUGCCAACCACGGUGCUGCAGAGUAUGAAGCUGGGGGUGGAUGUGAAUCGCCACAAAGAGAUCAUUGUCAAGGCCAUCUCUGCUGUCCUGCUGCUGCUCCUCAAGCACUUCAAAUUGAAUCACAUCUACCAAUUUGAGUACAUGGCCCAGCACCUGGUGUUUGCCAACUGCAUCCCGCUCAUCCUCAAGUUCUUCAAUCAGAACAUCAUGUCCUACAUCACUGCCAAGAACAGCAUCUCUGUCUUGGAUUACCCCUACUGCGUGGUGCAUGAACUCCCAGAGCUGACAGCAGAGAGUCUGGAAGCAGGUGACAACAAUCAGUUUUGCUGGCGGAACCUGUUCUCCUGCAUCAACCUCCUGCGGAUCCUGAAUAAGCUGACAAAAUGGAAACACUCCCGCACCAUGAUGCUGGUUGUGUUCAAGUCGGCUCCCAUCCUGAAACGUGCCCUGAAGGUGAAACAGGCUAUGAUGCAGCUCUACGUCCUGAAGCUGCUCAAGGUGCAGACCAAGUACUUGGGGCGGCAGUGGAGGAAAAGUAAUAUGAAGACCAUGUCUGCGAUCUACCAGAAAGUGCGGCACCGCCUGAACGACGACUGGGCCUAUGGAAACGAUCUGGAUGCACGCCCCUGGGACUUCCAAGCUGAGGAGUGCGCCCUACGAGCCAGCAUCGAGCGCUUCAACUCCCGGCGCUACGACCGGGCGCACAGCAACCCUGACUUCCUGCCUGUGGAUAACUGUUUACAAAGUGUGCUGGGCCAGCGCGUGGAGCUGCCUGAGGACUUCCAGAUGAACUAUGAUCUGUGGCUGGAAAGGGAAGUCUUCUCCAGACCCAUCUCCUGGGAAGAACUGCUGCAGUGAUGCCUUUUUGCCAGGCAGGGCUGCCAGCAGAGACUUGGUGCUGGGAUGGACACGUUGAGGGGAAGUAUGGUGCUCCAGUACUGCGGAGUCCCCUCAUGAACAGGAGGCAUCCUCCAUGUGGCCGCAUGCCUCCAUCUGGCACACGUGAGGGUGUAGCCCUGUUGUCAUGAGCCUCUGCUGCUCCUGGUGAAUCUUGGGCUCCGGGGGUGGCUUCGUCUCCACACAGACUCAGGAGGGGCCUGCGGCUAGGACAGUCCUCUCCCCUGCCGCCUGGCCCUGUCAUCUCCAAGACACUAAAGUCUCAGAGUGGGAAGCAUGUUCCUUUGCCCCUCUGCUCACCUCAGACAGCCCUGGGAGUUGGAUGUGGGGGCUGUUCUAACUCCAGAUGAUGGCCUUGGCAUGGUGCUCUGCUCUCCUCCCGCACACCGGAGGUCAUACCCUAUUAUAGGCUGUGAGCCUGGAACAGCUGUAGCUGCCUGGCCUAUGCCUCUCACUCAAAGCACUUGAGGCUCCUGCUUUAGAACCAGGUUCAAUCCUCCCUGAUGGUGACUCACCCAAAGCAGAGCAUUACAUUAGCUGCCUGCCUUGUUAGACUGUCCAUUCCUAACUGCGCCUUCCCCUGGCAGAGAAAACAGCAGCCUCUGCCUACCCCUGUAAUAGGUGGGAGAUCAGUAGGGGAGGGGACAAGAAGGUGCUGCUACAUGGGAGGGGAGGUGGGGGGAGGCCUGGGGACCAGCUAGCCACCAAGUGCAUGCCGGAGGUGGGUGCCAUGGUGCUCUUGUCGUUGGGUUGGGGCUAACGUCAGCCUGACCUAUGCCAGGACCCGGUAUAACAGGCAGGAUAUGUAGCAGCAAGGCCACUGCAGGCAGAAGCAGCUGGGAGCUCUGGUACUGGGCUGCAGUCCCACCUCUCCCCUCUGGAUGGUGCGGAUGAGUUGUACAUGCAUAUAAAUACAGUAACCAUUCCUCUUGUGUGAUCCGCCAGGUUUUUAAUGCCUCUAUGACUCUUUCCAUUAAAUAACCUUGUGCUUGGACUCAGA